AUGCCUCAUUACGAAACGAUAGAACAGCCCCAGAAUCCCUUGGUCAACCAGUCCAUAAUAGACUCAAGUCAAGAUGAACACAACGAUGUUAGCACCGUCUACUGGCGUCCUGCUAUAUUAUGUACUCUUAUAUACCUUCUGAUGGGAAUUGGAUAUUUCAUAAGCGCUGCACCGCAACUACGUCUCUUGGAGUCAAUCAUAUGCCGGCAGUACUAUGAAGGUUCCGAGUUCUGGGCGUCAGAAGCAAGGAUUCCUGAACAUCGCUGCACCCUAUCGGAACAGCGGAUCAUCACUGCUAUUGAAAAAGUAGGCCUGUGGGAAUCGAUCUGCAGAAAGGGUGGACUGGAUGCCACCUUUAACUCGCUGGACUGGUCAUAUGACGAGAGGCAACUUUUAGCACUGGCACGGGCCUUGGCCACUCCUAGCCCGCUACUUAUCUUGGAUGAAGCGACUAGCGGCGUGGACUGGGAAACCGAAUCCCGGAUACUGGAGAUAAUUGAGCAGGAGUGUGCGGGGCAGACGGUCAUUGCUGUUAUGCAUCGGUUGCGGCAUAUCGAGCGCUUUGAUAAAGUGGCGCUUCUGCAGCAUGUGGAACUGGUGGAGUUUGAUGCUCCUAGGGCAUUGCUAGGUCGCGAGUCGGAGUUUCGGAAGCUUCACACUGCGUCGCACAAACGAGGGGGUUUAUAUGCAGAAUGUGGGCACUUAUUUGACACUUAA